CAACGCUCCGAAUCUUUCCGAACUUUUCUGAGUCGCUUGAGAUUCGGCUACUCUUCCGAAUCGAGUCUCGAUUCGGAUAAGGAUUCGUCCCAUCACAACCCGUAAACUGCCGAAACCUAGUUUCGCGACACAAGAUUCGCCAACAUUGCGCCCGAUUGCGCCAACGGCGCCAAGAAGAUGCAUCGUGUGAAUAGACCGCUGUGCGGGCUUCGCGUGUGAUUGAUUUUGCGCGGGUGACUACAGUUGCUUAAUACGACCAGUCACUUGAUCACGUCGUCGAUAGUCGAGUCGCCCACCCGCGACAUGAGUUUCGGCUUGUCAGACAGAUCGACGACGUCUGGUGAUGAGGCGGAGAUUGGUAAGUGGGCCGGUCGAACUCCUCGGUGUGAAACUUUCUUCGACAUGACCCGAUCUUUUGUUGCGUGCUUCGCUACACUGCACUUGGAGCGUAAGUGUGUCGCGGGCGUCUACGUCUGCACCAUUUGCCAGGAAGCCUUGACAAUCCUCUACAAAAUCCGCCUAGCUCUCAAACAAGACCCGCAGGGGCGUUGGAUGGUUCUUAACAACGUCACCUUCAUGAGACUUCUGCUCAACCUGUGCAACACGGACUCGACCGUCCACCCAAGGAUCUGCGCGGUGAAUGGGCGGGAUGUCAGGUUGUUCUACGAGUCCGGGCUCCUUCGAUCACUCCAAGGUAGUGUCGAGAUUUUGCAAGGCCAAGCGGGCAUCAAGCGCUGGAAGCUCUUUCUCGGCAAGGCAGUGGAGAGGAUAAGGCCCCUGACUUACGUAGUCACGUUCAGCCGACCAUUCGAGGCCCGCAAGAUUCCGGCAGGAGCUGCCACAGCGUGGGUCGGUGGCCACAACAGGCACGAAGGGCCCGACUCCCUGUUCGAAACGCCUCAACAGAAGCGACUACAUGUGGGCACGUUGUCGAAACUCGACGUUGUUGGCUGCCAGGACGAUCAGCAUUUGUGGGUAUACUGCAGCGCAGAGACCAGAGAAGGUGUCCAGGCGCUCACCAAGGCCCUAACGGGGUUCCUGGAGUCUCUCGGGGAGGACGGAGCCCUGGAGGAUGCGCCCUCAGUCGGAAGCAUCGUCGGGUUGAAGUCAUCUGGUGAACAAGCGCGGAGAGUCCUUGUGCUGCAAGUCAAGCGGAAUGUGGCAGACGUCUGGGCCAUGGACUAUGGAGACAUUUAUCAGGUCUCGUGGAGUGUUCUCCUUGACCUGCCACCGUCCUUCAAGUGCAUUCCACCGCAAGUUAGCCUCUGCAUCCUGAAAGAUGUCCAAGCAGCUCCUUUCCUCAAUCUCCUGAAGGAAUGCAUCAGAACUGUGGUCAGCAUUACAUACCACCACAGGAGUGAAGUCUCCUUCCACUCAAACAUGACACACCGAAUGUUGCAACUGGGUGGCUUCAAGGUGCUGUGCGUCCUUCUCUCCUGUCCGGACUACGACACCCGAAUCCUUGCUGUUUCCUGCCUUCUGCAGUCUUGCCACCACCAUGGCGGACGCUCUAAAGUUGCAGAGUCUGGGUGUGUCAUGACGGUGCUGGGACGUCUGAAGAAGCUCCUGGAGAAGCGCCAUCCAGACAGCUACGUCGUUCAAACCAUUGAGAAACAGCGCCUGGUGAAUCUGUUGCAGGCCAUUUUUGUACACAACGAGGAGCUGGUCGACCAGUACGCCGAUUCUGAGUUGCUGCAGAUUCUCACUAAAAUCCAGCGGUGCUCGGCUCCCGGCAGCGUCUUGCACAGAGACGUGGACCAUUGCCUGCAAACCGUGCUCGGUCCUGCGUACUCGAAACGCAGGCUUCCAGCGACGGCCACGUUUGUUGCUAUGACUCCCGAGAAACUCCUAGAAGUGAAAGAAGCGACUGACCAGGAAGGACUUCGAAAUGGAGUAGAGUGUGGGCCCCAUAUCAUCAAGCGCCUGAGCCCCGCCAGCCUGCCGAGCCUGCCCAACGGCCAGGCAGCCAGUGGCCACGCCCACUUCUACCUCCGUAGCAGCUUGGUGGACUUUGACUGCGACGACACUCACGAGCUCCGCCCGGUGACCAACAUGAAGUUGGCCUCUGUGCGCACCCUCGCCAAGCUGGUUUGCUCCUUCCUCAACACGUGGCAGGCCUGCACCAUCUAUUACGGCAUCACCCGCGACCGCUUUGUCCAGGGCGUCCACCUCGACCAUGCGGAGCGGGAUUCUCUCCGCUUGGGAAUAGACGCCAUGGUGAAAGGUCUGCAGCCACGGCUGAUCCCUUCGAGCAUAUCGGUGGAAUUUGUACCUGUGCUGCGGUAUGCCGGGGAAAUUCCGCCGAGCAACCCCAAGUAUGUGGUGGAGGUACAAGUGUGCGGGGUGCGGCAGACGGUGUACACUAUUUCGGGUGGGACAUGCUACCUGCGGGAAGGUGGCCUCACGCAUGAGGCUACAGCCAACAGUGUGCGUGGCUGGAUUGCGAAGCAAGAAGAGGAACACUUCCUUGCCAAAGAGUGUGGCAAGAUCUAUGAAGCUGUGGAAGAGCCACUCAUAGCCCACCCGAGCGAGGGAACGGCCUUGACUGCUCUGCAGGUGUGGGAUAAAGUGGUUUUUUGACCACUCUCACUGUAUGACUGCUUUGGGUUUCUACAAGUGCCUAGGCCCCUGCUGGACUUCUUUAUUAAGGUGUUUUCCUCUCGCAUGUGUCAACUUCUGUAGGUCCCUUUUACAGGGCUUGUUGCAAUGCUUUCCUCAUGUUGUGCCUGUUUCUGCACCUUUUGUGGCUAUUUCUUGUUGUGUAUACAACUUGAGAUGUUCUUGUGCUUGACAUAGUGCAGUGAAACUGUGGCUAGACUCCGUUGUUCAAGUUAAAUGUCUGGGACUCAUCUCGUCUGUGGCUAGACUCCAUUGUUCAAGUUUAAUGUCUAUCUCGUGUACCAUUCAUUAUAUUCAUGGUACAGGCAAAGUAAUUUCAAGUCCAGUGUUUUUCCUGGCUGUUUAGGGUGUUCCUAAUUUAUACUUGUAUUUCUGUCGCGCAUUUCCUUGCAGUUGUGUUUUUGUCAUUUAUUUGCUUUGACUAGACAAGGAGUAGCUUUUGAGGUAUGCUCCGAGGCUGUGUACUUGUGAUAUUGUAGUUCCAGCUGGUUGAAAGAUAACCUCAGCUUUGCCCUAAUGUAGUUUGUCUUUUGAAAUUUCCAUGAAGUAAGUUAAGGAUCAGCAUACAAAAUAAUUUUCAGCAUGGCUAGAAAAUUUUUAAAUUUCAGUGAGCAUAUAUUUACUUCCUUACAUUUCUCAACAACAAAAAGAAAUGAUGGUUUAGUGUGUGCUUCAUUGAUGACUAAUAUAAUCUCAAAGUGGUUUGGAAGGGGGAAUGGAUACGUAGCUAACAUGAAGAAUUUUGUGGUGCCCCUCCCCGCACUUGGCUACGUCGCUGCUUUCAAAUGGCUUUUCAGAGAGGUAUUGCAGGUUUAUGGCAUGAAGUUGUAUAUUUUUGGGUACACAUAAUUUCACUGUAAGCAUCCAGCAAAGGUUACAAGUGCAGUAUCCUCUUUGAAAAAGUGCCUCCACUGCAUAAACAGUCACGUGGUAGAAGCAUGUUUCAAAGGUGCGAGCUUGUGCUUGUAAUAUUUUCUGCUUGCUGAAAUAAAUUAUACAUUUGUAAGACAGGCCUGUAAGUCGCAAGUAUCAGGUUCCCUAUCACAGUAGUAAUCUAAAUAUCUAUGACGUUGAAACUCGGUGCUGUAAUUUUUCUUGCUGAACAGUUCAUUGAAAGAGUCUUUCUAUUUGCAUUUGCAAGUAGGACAUCAUUGAAAUAUUGCAGGUUGAUCUCAUGUUAAACUAAAGUUUUUGUUGUUCAUCUGUUAGGCUAUGUAGAAGCCUGAACCUAUGAGGCACUCCACUGCUACAUUUACAGAAUGUUGGCAAGGUUGGGAUUAUCUUGGCAGGCUAUGGCCAAUGGAAUUAGCUGUCCAAGGUGUUUUCACCAGGGUAUUGAUGAGAAUUUGCAAUCUGAACUUGUCUAGAAGUUGAGGUUUGUUACUGGGCAUGUGCAAGAAGGACUAGUUCCCUUGAAAGUCAUUGGAAAGUGAAAAGUUACUACAGUAAACAGUCAUAAACGUUUUUAUGAAGUAAGCCUCUUAUACUCCACACACAUUCCUCCUAUAGUUAUUUUAUAUAUUUGUUUUUGUUGCUUGUGUAUCUAUUUAGCUUGAUAUUAACAUUCUUGGGGAACGUUUUCUACCCAGCACUUCACUCUUUUUUUUUUAUACCUUCACAAGCAGUGAGAACAUCAUAUGUGCAUCUGAAAUGUGCAUACACUGUAUUAGUCAGACUCAAGUGCUAUUUAUCUUUGCUGCUUCUAUGUCUUACAAUUUUCAUUCUUGAUCUUAUGUGAUAUCUAAUAAAUGUUUAUUUGAGCUAGCACCUGCCA